AUGACAAAGAAUACCAAAGAAUACAAUGACAACAAAGUAUACCACCAAGAACGACAAAAACAAAAUAUCACCACAAGGCACAAAUUCUGUAUAAAACACACCACCACCACCUAUACACCUUCACAAGCUUUACAAGAACGAUCUUUAGGCACUAUAACAAAACAAGCUACUAA